AUGCUCAACACCAAAGCUUUGACGGAACUGCUGUCUUUGAAUACCGACGAGCGAUUAUGCAAGCGAUGGUACCUGAUGACACCCAGCGGCACCCUCUUAGCGUCCAGUCAACCUACGGAUGCCAAAGAUCUUCGCAAACAAGUCGCAUUCGCCACGCUGUCAUGGCAGGAGCAUCUGAGUGGCGAGGAGCUGGCCGAGCAUGGUCAAGCAGAGCAGAGAGGGCCGGAUCGAGGUCUCCAGACAUUAUCUAUCGAGACCGAAGCCAUUAACGUAGUCGUGCGGAAGUUACAGCCUCAUCUAUUGCUAGUGCUCGAAGGCGGCGUUCCACCACGCAAACGAUCUUUCAUGCCAAGAACCACGGCUGAAGGUCGAAAUGGCGAGCUUCUGCAGCCCGCAAGGACAGCGGAAUCAUCCCUGGCCGCUUCGUUGUCGUCUCAGAUCGACUUGAAUGUGACCACGGCUCCGUCAAGUGUGCUGGCGCUUCACAAAAAGAAGCUUGAAGCCAUGGCAGCAGCGAUCUUGGCGGACUUUGAACGGACUGGGUUCAAAAUGCCAGGCGAAGACGAAACGGGACUCUUUUGA